AUGGGUUGUUUCUGGUGUUGUAUGAACCAAAAACGUGUCGACAGGAAGAAAAGCAUUCACGAUUUCAAAGUUACAAAGGAAGACUCGUUUGCCGGAUUUUCUCUCGGAAAUGAUAGCUUUAGAAGAAGGUACAUAACGAAUAAGCUAGCACAGUACGGAAACGGGGACAUUUCUUCGCAAUUUUUCACGUACCAGGAGUUGUCCGCGGCCACCAACAACUUCAACUACAACUUGAUGAUCGGGGAAGGUGGUUUCGGGCGGGUCUAUAAAGGCCACAUUGCUAGCAAAAACACUGACGUUGCUGUUAAGAAACUCGAUAGACAUGGAUACCAAGGCAACCGAGAGUUCUUGGUCGAGGUUUUUCUGUUGAGUCUUCUUCAUCACUCGAAUCUUAUUGACCUGCACGGGUAUUGUUCCGAAGGCGACCAACGGAUUUUAGUUUACAAGUAUAUGCCCAACGGCUCUCUCGAAGAUCACCUCUUCAGUACGGUCGGAGAGCGACAACCGCUAGAAUGGGACAUAAGAAUCAAGAUUGCAACGGGUGCAGCAAGAGGGCUCGAAUACUUGCACGAUAAGGCUGAUCCGCCGGUGAUCUAUCGUGAUUUCAAAGCUUCAAACAUACUACUAGACGAAGAGUGGAAUGCGAAGCUUUCUGAUUUCGGGUUAGCCAAGUUGGCUCCAACCGGCAACCAGAAUCAUCUCACAACUAUGGUGAUGGGAACUUACGGGUAUUGUGCACCCGAGUAUGCCAUGACCGGUCGGUUGACCAGAAAAUCCGAUGUCUACAGCUUUGGAGUCGUGUUCCUUGAGAUGAUCACGGGAAGGAGAGUCAUCGAUAGUUCAAGACCAAGUGCAGAGCAAAUUCUAAUCGCUUGGGCAGAACCGUUAUUUAAAGACCGAAAAAGGUUCCAUUUGAUGGCAGAUCCAUCGCUCGAAGGGAGAUACCCGAAGAAGGAGCUCUACCAAGCUUUAGCCAUAGCGGCAAUGUGUCUUCAAGCAGACGCCACAAAACGACCGGUCAUAAGUGACGUGGUCAACGCUCUCGAGUUCUUAGCUUCAGGAAAGAACAAAGAACGACCAACGGUCGAUGAAGAUCACAAUGGUAGUUCCGGGAGCGAAUGA